UCUACUCAUGUUCCUACCAGCCUGUCUUUAAUCAAGCACAUGGGAUGUCAAACAGAACAUAUACCUGCUGUGUCUGUUGAAGUCCAAGCCAACCCAGAAAAAAAAUCUAUAGGCAUUCAAUGUACAUUUGCUCCAUCUCUAAAGACAGCUGCCACACAGGUCUCCUUUGCAAAACAGACAGGACAUUUUCGAAGCAAGGGCACACAGGCUACAGUAUUUAAUGUAAGUGUUGGUACAGAGACUGCACAACCUGAACCAUGGAGUCAGCUGUCAUCUACACCAAUAAAGGUUUCUACAUCCAGACUUGGUGCGACACCUGCUAAGCGGCCUCGUAUGGAAUUGCUGGAAGAAGACGAGGAAGAGGAUGAAGUAAACAUUUCAGAUAUUCCACAGCCUCAUGAUUCCACAUAUGAGCUUGGUGACUCUGCUGCAGAUACUGAAAUCAGUGGGUUGGAGGACACUUAUGAUUACACUGACACAAAGUACAUUGUUUUUGAAUACUCUCUCAGAGAGCUUUUUGAAACAUGUCCUUUGUGCAAGCACAACUGCGAUGUCCAACGACGUCGAAUGGGGACAUUUGUGUCAUUCAGUCAGGUCUGCGAACACUGUCAAUAUACCAGAAAGUGGCAGAGCCAGCCUGUGAAAGGAAGUACCCCGAUCGGAAACCUGCAAUUGUCAGCUGCAGUGUACUUCACUGGUGCAUCAUUCAUUCAAAUGGAUAAGAUUUGCAGAGCAAUGAAUCUCCAGAUACACGGAUACAACACAUUCAGAAGGCAUGCACGAUUGUUUCUUGAACCAUCAAUUUAUUACAAGUGGAAGAUGGAUCAGCAGGCCAUGUUCCAGCAGCUACAACAGCAGGGCAAAAUUGCAUUGAGUGGCGAUAUGCGUGCUGAUUCUCCAGGUAAUUUGUAACAUUACAUUAAUUGUAUGUUGGCAAUACUUUG